GUGACCAUUCACCUACAAAUACCCCAAAAGAGAAUUUUUUUUCUGGACGAAAAUCAAAACCUUGUCCAUCACCAUGAACGGCAACGACAAUGGAGCCAGCCACAGUAAAACUAAAACAACAAAAGGCCGGCAGAAGAUCGAAAUAAAGAAACUGGAAAACAAAAACAGCCUGCAAGUAACAUUCUCCAAGCGCCGCUCAGGCCUCUUCAGUAAAGCCAUGGAGUUGAGCGUCUUAUGCGGUGCAGAAGUGGGCAUGGUAGUGUUUUCUCCCAACGGAAAAAUCUAUCUCCUCGGCCAUCCAAACUUCGAGACCGUCUUGAACCGCUUUCUCAACGAAGAUGAGUCUUCGUCUUCCCAUCAUCAUCAAGAGGUUAAUUACGAAGGCUUCACCUCGUUUGUGCAAGAACACAACAGGCAAUACGAGCAGGCGUUGAAGGAGUUGGAGAGGGAAAAGCUUCGGUCGAAACAGAUCGAAGAGGAGAACACUAUGAAUGAAAUAAUGGGUAGGAAUUGGUGGGAACAGUCGGUAGAAGAAAUGAGUCUUGAAGAGGUUGAAGAGUUUGAAAAGGCUCUGCAGAAUUUGAGGACGACAGCAGCCAUGAAGCUUAAUGACCGAAUGAUGAAUGAGUAUUUGGUCCCUCAUGUUGAAGCAAAUCGAGAUCAUCAUCAUCAUCAUCAUCAACAGGAUUGUUUGUAAGAGAUAAAUUAAUGCAUCCAUUAAUAUCAAUUCUGAAGAAUAAUAACUGAUACUGGGGAAUAAUGUUUCAUUUUCAUUGAGUACAGUUCUCUUUUUAUUUCUUUGAUAUUAUGAAUAAUAAAAAGGUAUUUUUUGCAAGUUUUCUACGAUAGAAUUUCAUUUCAAAAUCAAGGAGGAAAAAAAAAUUAA